AUGGUUAUUGUGAUGAAUGCCUGGAUUGCCUUUGAAGAUGAUAAAAUUGUUGGAGGUUAUGUCUGUGCCAAGAACUCUGUCCCCUGGCAGGUGUCCCUAAAUGCAGGCUAUCACUUCUGUGGAGGGUCUCUGAUAAACAGCCUUUGGGUGGUCUCUGCUGCUCACUGCCACAAACAGAAAGUAGAAGUGAGGCUGGGAGAACAUAACAUUGCUGUAAGUGAAGGGACCGAGCAGUUCAUAAGCAAUGCCAAGUCCAUAAAACAUCCCAGGUACAACUCCAGAACCCUGGACAACGAUAUUCUCCUGAUCAAGCUGUCCUCUCCUGCCACCCUCAAUGCCUUUGUCAACACUAUUCCUUUGCCCUCAGGAUGUGUCGCUGCCGGGUCCAGCUGUCUGAUCUCCGGAUGGGGUAAUACCCUCAGCAGUGGAACUAACUACCCCGAUCUGCUGCAUUGCGUGGAUGUUCCAGUCCUGACUGAUGCUCAGUGUAAUAACGCCUAUCCCGGAGAGAUCACGGCUAAUAUGAUCUGUGUUGGCUACCUUGAAGGAGGGAAAGAUUCCUGCCAGGGUGACUCUGGAGGACCUGUCGUAUGUAAUGGAGAACUGCAGGGUGUUGUCUCCUGGGGAUAUGGCUGUGCCCUGAAGAACUACCCGGGAGUCUACACCAGGGUCUGCAACUAUAAUAACUGGAUCCAAGACACUAUUGCUGCAAAUUAA